ACAUCAGUAACUCUUAUAGUUGGGGAUGUACAGUGCUGUCCUUUCAUGUCCAUCUGUAGAAUCUUCCAGCUCCGUAUCAAGAGCGUUUUCUUCUGGGCUGUUUGACGGCAUACUCACAGACGAAGUUUGUAAUGGAGGAGCUGACCAGUCUGUGCCACGACGUUGUCAGGGAGCACCAAUUGGAUAUCACGCGCAGCGACGAAAACGAGCUGGUCAGCGAUACCAGAGACGACCUUGAAGGCGCAACAAGAUUUAUAGAGCGCAUGCUAAAGAUCUGCACCCUUGGCUGCGUGCGUGAACAGUUGGGCUACAAACAAAAUCCUGCAACUUCGGGGGAUCGCGCAAUAACUUACAGCGGCUUCAACAACCAAAAAUCAUUUUUAAACGCUAUCAGACAUUAUCAAGCGCUCCACAAGAGGAAACAUGUGUUUUUUCAGAAUAAAGGUUGCGUUGCCGUCGACAUCAAACACAGACGACUGUUCAAGGCUCCUAGUGUAAUAGUCGGAAGACGAAGACGCGUCGCAACUGCCCAGUGUGUUGCUCUCCUCUUUAAGCCAAGGUAUACAGUAGAUCAAAAAUCCAUAUUGCAUGGCAUAGAAUGAGCAUCCAUGAUAUACCAACCUAAUUAAAAGAGAGACUACAUCACGCAAACGCGCCCGUUCAUGCGAUGGAUCUGCUAAUGACUUCACUGACAGCACCAGUGUUGCUCGCGUCGGUGCUCGUAAUGCUCGUGGUGUUCGCUGUUGCGGUCGUGUUGGCAACUAAAUAGAAUUGAACACUUAUUUGCUUGUGUACUACACAAUGCAAAAAUGAUUUGUCAAAGAUUUAAUAUAGAAAGCAAAAUUUAAUAAUAAACAUAUUGUCA